CGGACGCUUCUGUCUCUGCCCCACAGAGAAGAUGACGGUGGGGAGGCCUGCGGGAGUCUCCGGCGGCGCUCAGAGCCUUCAGAUAUUUCCCCCCAAGUCCUCCUCAGACACAGAGGCGGAAGAGGAGCUGCCUGGGGAUGGGCCGGUUUUGCCCAGGGCUGGCAAACUUGAUGAGUUCCUCAGCCCAGAGGAGACAGAUUCUACUUCUCCUGACUCAGCUGGGAGCUUUUACGAGACCCUGCGAGAACUAAAGCAGGAAGGCAGGUGGUGCCUGUCAGAAUCCCUUCAUCAGUCUGACCCAGACAGUGAUGAGAGUCUCUCUGAAGAUGACGAAGACCUGGAGAGUUUCUUCCAAAACAGAGGCAGGGGGAAGCCACAGGCCCAGCACCUGCUGUCUCUGAGGUGUGGCUCCACAAGACGCUGCAGCUCCCUGAGCAACCUACCCUCCAACAUUCCCAAGGUUCAGUCCCAGCGACCCUCAGGCUCCAGGCCUCCUUCCCAGCACAGAAGCAUCAGCUCCUGGGCAUCAUCCAUCACUGUCCCUCAGCCAUUCCAUAUGACAUUGCGCGAGGCCCGGAAGAAGGCCCAGUGGCUGGCCUCACCUGCCUCCUUCGAGCAUGAGAGGCAGCAAGCUCAGAGGCAGGGCCAGGAGGAGGCCGAGUGCCACCGGCAGUUCAGGGCACAGCCUGUGCCUGCACAUGUCUACCUGCCCCUCUACCAGGAAAUCGUGGAGCGUAAUGAGGCCCGAAGGCAGGAAGGGAUCCAGAAGAGGAAGGAACUGCUCCUCUCUUCUUUAAAACCCUUCAGCUUCCUGGAGAAGGAAGAGCAAAGAAAAACCGCUCAACAGAAGGAAUUGGCUGCCACUGCUAAGGCCCAGGUCUCCAAGAAGAAAGCCACCAGAAGGAUCCCCAAGUCCAUUCUGGAGCCAGCCCUUGGGGACAAACUCCAGGAAGCUGAGCUCUUCAGGAAAAUUCGCAUCCAGAUGAGAGCCCUAGACAUGCUCCAGAUGGCCUCCUCCCCCAUCCCCUCCCCCAGCUGCAGAGCUGACCCACGGCCUCGCACAGCCACCCGAACCCGGGAGGAAAAGCUUGGGUUUCUGCACACUGACUUUGGAUUCCAGCCUCGGGUGAAUCCUGCUGUUCCUGACUAUGAGGCCCUUUACAAGGCCUUCCAGAAAAGAGCUGCCAAGAGAAGGGACACCCGAGAGGUGACUCGCAACAAGCCCUUCUUGCUGAGAACUGCCAGCCGGUGUUGCACUCAGCGGCCCUGUGAUGCUGCUGCCACUGGAGGGAGGAAGGACUCUCCACAGCUACCCGCCACGCCCCGGCCAAGGAGUCAUUCCCUGAGCGGCCUUGCUUCCCUCUCUGCCAAUACCCUGCCUGUGCACAUCACAGAUGCCACUAGGAAGAGGGAAUCUGCAGUCAGAAGUUCACUUGAAAAAAAGGACAAAGCAGAUGAGACUACUCAAUGGUUGGAGAUGCAUAAAAAGAAGUGUCAAGCAAUGUCUAAAUCUGUGACUUUGCGUGCAAAAGCCAUGGAUCCCCAUAAAAGCCUGGAGGAGGUGUUCAAAGCAAAGCUGAAAGAAAACCGGAACAAGGACCGCAAAAGAGCAAGAGAGUAUAAGAAAGAAUUGGAGGAAAUGAAAAAGAGAAUACAAAUGAGGCCCUAUCUCUUUGAACAAGUUACCAAGGACCUUGCCAGGAAAGAAGCAGAACAACGGUAUCAAGACACCCUGAGGCAGGCCGGACUGGAUGAAGACUUUGUGAGGAGCAAGGUUCAGGGCACCAGGGCUGUACAAUGGAAGGAGCAGUCAGAAAGCCAUGCUCACCCCAGCACCGCUGAAACUACAAAAUGCAGCAUCAGAAAUCCACAGCAGGAUUUGGAAGAAUCUCUAGAACAGCCUACAAGCCCCAAGAAAGAACAGGAGGAGCUGUCUUAUGAAUUGCUAAAUAAUCUGAAAUCACUUGCUUAA